AGAGGCCGAUGCUGCCGCUCAGAGUCCGCUUGACUGUAGCAGCACAGCUCGGGGGAGACGGAGCGCUGGCGGAGACUAAUGGCUGCGUGAAUGUUUUCGGACCCAGCCGACGCUGCUUUAGCUGUUUGUAGAAGCCAGCGGAGUCCCCCGUCAGCACGGCCAUCCACUGCGGUUGGUGCCCAGCCAGCGACGCCGGAGCCAUGCCCGUCCCCGCCGGAUUUGUCAGCGACUCCCCCGCGGCCUUCGCAUCCUCGGCCUCGCUUAUCCCGCCGCCGCCGAUAAACACCCAGCAGCCGGGCGUCGUCACGUCGCUGCUGUACAGCGGCUCCAGGUUCAGGGGCCACCAGAAGAGCAAAGGGAACUCGUACGACGUGGAGGUUGUUUUACAGCAUGUCACCAUGGAGGAUUCCUACUUGUGUGGCUACCUGAAGAUUAAAGGACUGACAGAAGAAUACCCAACGCUGACGACCUUCUUCGCUGGAGAGAUCAUCAGCAGGAAGCGUCCGUUCCUCACUAGGAAGUGGGACGCAGACGAAGACGUGGAUCGCAAACACUGGGGGAAGUUCCAGGCCUUUUACCAGUACGCAAAGACCUUCAACUCUGACGAGUUCGACUACGACGAGCUGAAGAACUCGGAUUAUAUCUUCAUGAGGUGGAAAGAGCAGUUUCUGGUUCCCGAUCACACCAUCAAAGACAUCAGCGGCGCUUCCUUCGCCGGCUUCUACUACAUCUGCUUCCAGAAAUCCACAGCCACCAUCGAGGGCUAUUACUACCACAGGAGCUCUGAAUGGUACCAGUCCUUAAACCUGACCCACGUUCCGGAGCACAGCGCCGCCAUCUACGAGUUCCGGUGACCGCCGCCGCCACGGCAUCUUUCUAUUGGUGGAAAGCAGAAGGUCUGCUGAGGAGGACAGCCACCCGCCGGCCUCCCUUUGUAGAGGAGCUGAGCGAAUGUAUGGAUGCCAGCAGAGACGGUGCUUUGUGCUUCCUGGGAGGAGCUGGUGGAGAGAGGAGCAGAGACUGGCUGUGCCUCCUGCACCGUUCUCCUUCAUCCUUUUAACGUGUGCUUUUAAAGGCUCCGUGCCUCCAGGCUGGGGCCUUCCUGGUCUGCAGCAGGACGCCUCCCCCUCCGGCCUCCAGCCUCCAGCCUCCAGCGGAGCGAGCAGCUGGCACACGUCGGCCUGCUGCCGGACCGGGAGUCCGCUCCGGUACCGGACAGAACCCGGGUCUGAGAGGAGGCAGCAGGAGCCGCGUCCUGGUCUGGGAGAACAUUUUUAAGCUAACAAGUUGUUGUUCAUGGGUUUGCCAAGAGUAUAUUUUCUUAUUUUCCAGAUUGAGCAGCGAGUGGCACUUUAAAAAAAAAAAAGGUACAAUCUGGGAGAUUUCCUGAAAUAAGCUUUUCUCCAUUUUCAUCCUCCUGCUUCUUGAGAUUAUUCUCCUGUGGGAUUGUUGUGGAUUUCUGUAGUUAGCUCUCAGUUUAAAGCGCCAUUAAACUAAGCAUCUGAAACGAUCCUGGGAAAGUAUUAAAAGUAUUAAAGGAGGGAAGUUUGCAGGCAGCAUUAAACUAGGAGCUCUUGGUUGAUUUUUACACCUCCAUCUCCUUCCUGCAUUUAUCUCCUCAGCUAUGCAACACUUAGAGGACGUCAGACCCUGAGCUUUCAGAGUUUUAUUCUAUUGCUAUAAUAUAUAAAAAGAUCUAUCUUCACUAAAGAGACUAUUUUUGUUAAACGGUGUUAACCCCACCCAUCAUGUUCCUCCUCAUCGUGCCAUGGCUCAGCAUCCCAGGCGGCUGGGACUGACUGUAACGCGUGAAUCGCCUGAAAAUGAAAAAAGAUCAAAACAU